UACUAACCUCUUCGCUGCGGGACCGCGACUUGACGGGCACACAUGAACGCCAGUCGUGUCUAGCUGUUUUUCGCGUAGGUACACACCGAGAACACAAAUAGUAUUGUGAUGUUAUAAUCGAAUACCUCGACGAAUAAUCUACCGCAGAAAACAAUUUCAUUCGAAUACCAUAAACUUCUAGCAAUAUAUACACUAUAUCAUAGUAUUAUAAAUCAUAAUAAUAUAUAAUAGCAUCUAUCUAAUAUAUUAUUAUAAAUACGGCGCGGGAAUAAAAUGUCUUUAAAAACGAUAAUCACCGUUGUAGCGGUAGUGGUGAUGUGCUGCGAGACUACUAACGGAGCUUUGAAACAGAGACAAGCAUAUUAUAACGGUUAUUCCGACGGACACAUUCAGAACCACAAAGAUGAGAGUCACCAAGAUCUGAGCAAAGUACCUGGCACACCGGGAGUAGACUAUCCAAUUUACCACGCGGUUCCUGAGACGAAUUUCAACUGCAAAGACGUACCGUACGCACCCGGCAUGUACGCCAACGUGGAGACCGGAUGCCAGGCUUACCAUAUCUGUCACGACGGUCGUGAAGGUCAUCAAGGAGCGUCUUUCUUGUGCUCCAACGGCACUUUGUUCAAUCAAAAGGAAUUUACUUGCGAUUGGUGGUACAACGUAGACUGUAGCAAGGCGACAUAUUAUUAUGAACUUAAUACGGAUGCAACAAAAAAUCCAUUUGCCCCAAAACCAAAGGUUCCUGAAGAACCGUACAAGCAACCAUACAAUAAUUAUUACCAGAGCCCAAAGUAUUAUCUAUAAAUGAAUUUAUUACCUAUGGUAUUUAAACACUUGUUUUUAUAUGUAAAUAAGAUGUAAAUUAUUUAUAUACAUACUUAUAUAAAUUUUAAAAUAAUAAUAUGUUUAUUAAUUAAUAAAUUAAUAUUAUAUUGAUA